AUGUCGUCCGACGUGAAGAAGCAACCCCCAGCGCCCGAUACAGCGGCGAAUCUCGAGGAGCAACGAGAUGGGGUCACCACGCAAACCAAAGUAGGAGACGAUGGUCGAGUCAACAUCACCAUCCAAGAAAUCAACGAGCUCCUCGCCCAACAGAUCGAGCAACUGCAGCUGUCCCGAAUCCAAGAGGGACUCGCCGCACCUCCCCAGACCGCCCACAGUCUUUUAGAGGCGAGCCACCGACCCUCGAGAAUCCCUCCGCCGCUCAAUGUCGUCGUUCAAGUCGUGGGGUCGCGCGGCGACGUCCAGCCGUUUGUCGCAUUGGGGCUGGUCUUGAAGAAUCAGUACGGCCACCGCGUCCGCCUCGCGACCCACGGGACAUUCAAGAAAUUCGUCGAGGAGAACGGGCUGGAGUUCUUCGAUAUUGGUGGAGACCCCGCAGAACUCAUGGCCUUCAUGGUCAAGAACCCCGGUUUGAUCCCUGGGAUGAAAUCCAUCAAGGAAGGUGACGUGGGCAAGCGACGCAGAGGCAUGGCUGAGAUCCUGCAAGGGUGUUGGAGGUCAUGCGCCGACUUUGACGAGGUGAAAGCCGACGAAGAGACCGUCUCGGCGGCAGCGCCCAAGAAGCAACCCUUCGUCGCGCACGCCAUCAUUGCCAACCCGCCCAGUUUUGCACAUAUCCACUGCGCUGAGAAGUUGGGCAUUCCGUUGCAUUUGAUGUUCACGAUGCCCUGGUCGCCGACUCGAGAGUUUCCGCAGCCCAUCGCCAACAUCAAAUCGUCAAAGGCUAGCGGAAGCAUGACCAACGAAAUGAGCUAUACCCUCGUCGACAUGAUGACCUGGGAAGGUCUGGGAGACAUCACGAACAACUUCAGAACAGAGACUCUGGGUUUGCAUAUGCUUUCUCAGGCGGCGGCAACGGACAUGCUGCAUCGUUUACGCAUACCUUAUACCUAUUGCUGGUCUCCAGCACUGAUCCCAAAGCCCAAAGACUGGGGCCCUCACAUCACCAUCGCAGGCUUCUACUUCCUCUCGUUGGCGUCGAAUUACCAACCAGACCCAACCCUCGCGGAAUUCCUUGCAGCAGGACCGCCGCCCGUUUACGUCGGCUUCGGUUCCAUCGUUGUAGACGAUCCCAACGCCAUGACGAAGCUCAUCUUCGACGCGGUCAAGAAGACAGGCCAACGUGCUUUGGUCUCCAAAGGUUGGGGUGGGCUAGGGGGAGACGACAUGGGCAAACCUGAUAACGUGUAUAUGCUGGGCAAUGUACCACAUGACUGGCUGUUCCAGCACGUGUCUUGUGUGGUACAUCACGGUGGCGCUGGCACGACCGCCGCUGGAAUUGCCUUGGGCCGUCCAACGGUCAUCGUCCCCUUCUUUGGCGACCAGCCAUUCUGGGGAGCCAUGGUUGCCAGGGCUGGUGCGGGACCGAUGCCAGUCCCAUACAAGGAGCUGACAGCAGACCGACUUGCGGACGCCAUCCUAGAGGCGCUAAAGCCCGAGACCUUGGAGCGGGCACGCGAAUUAGGUGAGCGUAUCAAAGAAGAAAAGGGCACUGAAGUCGGCGCGGCGAGUUUCCACGCACAAAUGGACCUCGACCGCCUCCGCUGUAUGCUGGCGCCCUCACGGCCAGCGGUGUGGUCAGUCCGAACCAAAGGAUCCAACACGGAAGAUCUCCGAUUGAGCGCUUUCGCGGCUACAGUGUUGGGCAACGAAGGCUUGUUGGACGUGAACCAGCUUACAAUCUACCGCCCCUGCGAAUAUCCCGUCGAAUUUGGGUCUAUCAGUUCUCAUGUCGUCGGGCCCAAUCCGAUGCUGAGCACCGUGGGAUCCAUCACUUCUAGAAUUGUGCAUGCCCCCAUCAAUAUCGCAAAGGCGUGGGCAGGAGUUGUCUACGAACCCUACAAGGGCGCCAAAUCCGACGGCUGGAAAGGGUUUGGCAGAGGCUUGGGGAAGGGCAUUGGGAAUUUGUUCUUUUCCAACAGAGGACUGGUGGUUGGCCACGCCACAUUCGGAGUCAGGGUGUUGUACGAAGUGAUCAAGAAGAAAUUGAACGGGGAUCCCACAUUGAGUUACAUCCUUGCCACGAGGUAUAUCGAAGGGUUUGAGGCGGUGGGCAAGGCAACCGAGGAGGAGAAGGUGGAGGUGAUCAGGAAGUGGAACGAGAUGAAACCUGAGCUGAAGAUGGUCGACACGCGGUCAAGCGUCGUCAGUGGGUCAUCGGACAAGGGGGAGAGCGAUUCAAUUCUGUCCAAAUUUACGAGCAAUUCCAGCUCGAAGAGUGCAAAACUGGGCAGGCGAGGGAAGAAAGACCAGAACAUCCUGACGCAAACUCCCAGCGAGGCCAGCAGCUCGCGGCAUUCGAACCCCACCACGUCCACACAAGGAGAUGGGAAUGAGACACAGCCAAGUGGUUAA